UCUCUCUCAACCCAGGAACCAAAACUAAGUUGUGCUGCCCAAAACAAAACAAAACAAAACAAAACAACUUCUACUUCUACUUCUAUACUUCUCCCGAGUCCAAUCCAGCAAAAUUCUUUCACAAUCCAUAACUCAAAGCGAAUCACUCUCUUCAAUAUUUAAAUCCUGCGAACCUUCAUAACACUUUCUUUUACCAUUGUCAUACUACAAACUUUACAAUUUGAAAGCAAGGAACACCAGAAGUAGGAACGAAAGAACCCACAACAAAAGAAGACCCUCUUUCUUUCCUUCGAUAACAAUCACCCGUCUCUUUACGAGACACAUUUAAUCAAGUCAACAAACUGGCAGGAAAUAAGAGGAGGAGCUUUUCCUCCCAAGGAGGCCUGCUCAACAGGAUGUUUGGCAGCUCUAGUUCCCCACCAAAAGACUCGCCCGCGGCUUCCAGCACACCUACUACCACCUCUUCCGAAUCCAGCACCGACUCAUCAACCAGUCUCAAUAACCAAGGCGAUGCAUCAACCGCAUUAAGAGCUCUCGAUGGCGAGGGUAACACGUCGGAAAAGCGCAGCGGUAAUGGUAGUCCCCCAGGCCGCGCAAUUCCAGGCGAUGGUUCAGGAGAGAAGAAACGCCGGAGUAGCGGGGUCGGUGGUAAAGCGAGCUCUCUUCUUGCCAGUGCGAAAAACUCAUUGCACUUCAGCCAAAGUCCUAAUUCCUCAGGAUUCAUGUCUGGUAGAUCGAGUGAUUCGGUUACGCAGACGCCGUUGCAGAAGCUGGGAAAGCAAGAUCCGGCAUUGACGGUUCCGCAGGGUCAGCAUAAUAAUUCGGCCGGAGAAUCUCGUCCAGGCCCUAGAUCUACGUUUAAAGUCGGGGUGUGGGAGGAUAGAAAUAAGAAAUGUCGUCGAACGAUGGAAGAUACACAUGCUUUCUUGUACAACUUCUUACAUACACCCGCUCCAGUUGUGGGAGCCGAUUCCAGUUCGAAAUCGGAAAAGUCUGAGAAGGUCGCAAGUGAUUCGUCUGAUAGUCUUGCUAGGCCAGGAUCUGCACAAUCUAUGAUGGAAACGGAUAAUGGUUAUUUCGCAAUCUUUGAUGGCCAUGCAGGUACAUUUGCUGCGGACUGGUGUGGAAAGAAAUUACAUCUCAUAUUGGAAGAAACUAUACGAAAGAACCCAAAUACACCCAUCCCUGAACUUCUCGAUCAGACCUUUACAACUGUUGAUGCGCAAUUGGAGAAACUACCUUUGAAAAACAGUGGCUGCACUGCCGUUACUGCGGUUCUUCGCUGGGAGGAUAGGAUACCAAACCCUUCAUCUGCCACCGGUUCUACUGCUAUUGCACCCGCAACCGUCGCUGCUGUCAAAGCUGCCGAGGAAGCUCCAAAGUCUGAAGAUAAUGGUGUAGAUUUGAACAAAUCCACUUCGCAACAACCAAAUUCUGCUGUAAAUGUUCCUACUAGAGAUGUUCAGGCGAAACUCAAAAGCACUUCUUCCCGUGCCAGAGUUCUGUAUACGGCUAAUGUUGGAGAUGCACGUAUUGUAUUAUGUCGUAAUGGAAAGGCUUUACGUCUAUCUUAUGAUCAUAAGGGUAGUGAUGAGAAUGAAGGAAAACGUGUUGCAAAUGCAGGUGGUUUGAUUCUCAAUAAUCGUGUCAAUGGCGUUUUGGCAGUUACUCGUGCAUUGGGAGAUGCCUAUAUGAAGGAUUUGGUUACAGGCCAUCCAUAUACAACGGAAACUGUUAUACAGCCUGAUGGUGAUGAAUUCAUUAUUUUGGCUUGCGAUGGUGUAAGUAUUUUCCUUUUCUUUGUAUAGAAUACUACUAAUCAAGUCAUGAUAGUUAUGGGAUGUCUGUUCAGAUCAAGAAGCAGUUGAUCUAGUUCGUCAUCAACAAGAUCCUGUCGCCGCAGCUAGACAGCUUGUUGAAUAUGCUCUUGCUCGUUUCAGUACAGAUAAUUUGUCUUGCAUGAUCGUUCGAUUUAAUCGGCCACUUCUUGUUGCAACUGCGAAAGAUUCUCAUGCUGCUAUUGGUGUCGAAGGUGAUGGUAAUAUGGGAUCUGGCAAACUUUCCGAAGCAGAUAAAAUUGUCUCAGAAUCCAAGAAAAAGGUUGAUGAUGGUGCGUCAAAUCUUGGUAUUAGUGGUAGCAAUAGUGGAGCUGGACAUGAUUCCAAGUUCGAUGGAGCGGCAGAAGAAGAUGAAGGAAUCAUCCCAAUGGAAAGUGUAGUGGAAGAGGAACCUCAGUCUAUGGAGAUUGAUUCUUCAGUCUCAGAGAUAGAUUUAAGUACGGUGGAGAAGGCAAAGGCGGAGGAGACGAGCAAAAACUUGCAUUUACCGGAAGGAGCUGCUAAGUGAUAUUUAUUAUGAUAGCUACUCAAUCCACUGUUGUGUUUUAUAUCUUGGGUGGGAAAGAGCAGUCAGUUUAUGGAAGCGGGAUUUUUCUUUUUCUUGCAGGUUUUUUGCUGAUUGUUUUUGGGUUUGUUUAGGGGGGUGGCUAUUGAUGAUGAUGGCUUUGGGGAGAUUUAUCUAAGUUAUGGUUUUGUGGAUGAUGUGGAUGAUG